AGAACUGUAUUCUGUAUAGCGCAACAAUCCCCAUAAAAAUUGAUUGUUCGCCGUCCAGGCGCUGAUAAAUUGCGGUUAAAUUGUUUUAAAAUGUUGUAUCCAACGUUUUAAUGGAAAAGGACAGUUCCAGUGAUAAAAUUUCACCAUUCGCCGGUAGAUGGAAAUGGAAAGAAGGCGAUAUUGAUAAUAUCCUCUAUACUGUUAGUUGCAAUUGUAUGGGAAAGGUUUGUGUAGAUGUCGCAGGCAAAUAGAGUUUCGUCCUUGAUUGGUGUCAAUAUCUCAAACAAAAAUUGUGCGGGCUCUGUAAAAGUAAAUCCCUUUCCAGAACUCUCCAACUUUUAAGUUGCCGGACAAUUCCAUUUCCAUGGUUUUGGAAUUUUUUGUGAUCUCUGAUGGUAUUGAAGGUCCCUGUGCGACCGGAUUCGAGUUGUAAGUGAAAAGUUUUGAAAAUGACAGAGCGCCGGUUUAAAAUUUCGCGUUCUGAAGACAGUAAUUACAAAUUCAGUGAUUUCAAUGAAGAUAGAGUAAGAGAAAAAUUAUUACCGACCAACGACAAUGCCAGAAUUGUUCAAACUCCUAAUACAGGUAAAGAAUCUUUCAAAUUCAUAAGAGAUGGCGCGGACGACCAACAAUUUACCUCAGGCAAGGUGUCGGGUUACGAGACAAACUUGUAUUUAUAUUCGGAGGAAAUGGAGGACCGACCUCGGGUAUCCACCCUUAUUAGUUCGCUGGCUAACUACUCGAACACCAUCCCGCCAGCCUCGAGCGACCCGGACGCCCGGCCGUCGGGCGGCGGCGCCCGCAUGGGCACCCUCAUAGGCGUUUACCUGCCCUGCAUCCAGAACAUUUUUGGUGUCAUUUUGUUUAUCCGUCUGACUUGGGUUGUCGGCACAGCAGGAGCCAUCGAAGGAUUCCUAAUCGUACUUUGUUGUUGUUGUGUUACUAUGUUGACUGCCAUUUCGAUGUCCGCUAUCGCCACCAACGGGGUCGUGCCCGGCGGAGGGAGCUACUUCAUGAUAUCCAGAUCCAUAGGGCCUGAGUUUGGAGGAGCAGUCGGGAUGCUUUUCUAUACGGGUACUACUUUAGCGGCUGCCAUGUACAUUGUCGGAGGCGUGGAGAUCAUCCUGUUGUACAUUACAGACCAGCUAACAUUGUUUGGCGAAAUAACUGACGAUGACGUGAAAUUUAACAAUUUCAGAAUUUACGGAACAAUCCUGUUGGUUAUUAUGGGUAUGAUCGUCUAUGUGGGAGUAAAAUUCGUCAAUAAAUUUGCAACAGUAGCUCUUGCUUGCGUCCUUCUCUCCAUUUUGGCCGUUUACGUUGGAAUUUUUGUAAAUAUCAAUGGAAACACUAAUUUACCGAUGUGUCGAUUAGGAAACAGGCUAUUAAAAAUCGAUGAUAUUUCGCAGUGUACCAAAAACGUGAGCGGUCCUUUGCACAAAUUGUUCUGUACCAACGAAACAGUUAAUUACAAAUGCGAUCCGUAUUAUAAACAGCAUAAUUUAACACGUGAUAACGGUAUCAAGGGAUUGUCGUCUGGAGUAUUCUUCGAAAAUAUAUACAAUGGAUUUCUGGAACAAGGUCAAUUCAUUUCAAAGGGAAAGUUGGAAGAAGAUUUGAAAGUCUUUGGAAGCAAACAUUACAAUCAAGUGUACGCUGACAUUACGACAACUUUCACAAUAUUGAUAGGCAUUUUCUUCCCAUCGGUAACCGGUAUUAUGGCAGGAUCUAAUCGAUCAGGAGAUCUUGCUGAUGCCCAGAGAUCCAUUCCCAUCGGAACAAUUUGCGCGAUUCUAACCACAUCCACUGUUUACCUUUCGUCUGUAUUGCUAUUCGCAGGAACUGUUGAUAACCUACUCCUUAGAGACAAGUUCGGUGAAUCAAUAGGCGGUAAACUGGUCGUGGCUAAUAUGGCUUGGCCGAAUCAAUGGGUGAUACUCAUCGGUUCCGUUCUAUCGACAAUGGGAGCUGGUUUGCAAUCUUUAACUGGAGCGCCGCGUCUGCUUCAAGCUAUAGCUAAAGACGGAAUCAUUCCGUUCUUAUCCCCUUUUGCCGUAUCAUCGAGCAAGGGUGAACCAACUAGAGCUCUGCUGUUAACAUUACUCAUCUGCGAAGGCGGCAUACUGCUCGGAAACGUGGAUAUUUUGGCCCCAUUGCUAUCCAUGUUCUUUUUGAUGUGCUACGGAUUCGUUAACCUCGCCUGUGCUUUGCAAACGUUGCUGAGAACUCCCAAUUGGAGACCAAGAUUCAAAUAUUACCAUUGGUCUUUAUCAUUUAUUGGUCUCUCUUUGUGUAUCGCUAUUAUGUUCAUGACAUCCUGGUACCUCGCCCUAAUCGCCAUGGCUAUGGCAGGAAUUAUUUACAAAUACAUCGAAUACAGAGGAGCUGAGAAAGAAUGGGGUGACGGUAUCAGAGGUUUGGCUUUGUCGGCCGCCCGAUUUUCUCUCUUGCGCUUAGAAGAAGGUCCGCCGCAUACGAAGAAUUGGAGACCCCAGAUCCUUAUUUUAGUGAAAUUGACAUCGGACCUUCUGCCUAAGUACAAGAAAUUGUUCUCCUUUGCUGCCCAACUGAAAGCCGGCAAAGGUCUCACCAUUUGCGCUUCGGUCAUCGGCGGGGACUUCACUCGAUCCUACGGCGAAGCGAUGGCUGCCAAGCAGAGCCUUGGCAAGACUAUGGAAGAGGAGAAAGUGAAAGGUUUUGCUGAAAUCCUUGUAGCAAGAGACGUCGCUGAUGGCUUAUCAAACUUAGUCCAAACUGCUGGGUUAGGCGGUUUGAAACCUAACACAGUCAUAUUAGGCUGGCCUUAUGGAUGGAGACAAUCAGAAGACGAUCGUACUUGGCAGGUAUUUUUAGAAACGGUCCGAAACGUGACGGCUGCUCGCAUGGCUUUGCUGGUUCCUAAAGGAAUCAACUUUUUCCCGGACUCCACGGACAAGGUGUUUGGUAACAUUGAUAUUUGGUGGAUCGUUCAUGACGGUGGUUUGCUCAUGCUUCUGCCGUUCCUACUCAAGCAACACAGGACCUGGAAGAAUUGCAAGAUGCGCAUCUUCACCGUUGCUCAAAUGGAAGACAAUUCUAUUCAAAUGAAGAAGGACCUUAAAACUUUCUUGUAUCAUCUCAGAAUAGAAGCCGAAGUUGAAGUUGUGGAGAUGAUGGAUCACGAUAUAUCUGCUUACACGUACGAGAGGACCCUGAUGAUGGAACAACGAAAUCAGAUGUUGCGCGAGUUGCGUUUGAACAAACGAGAAAGCUUAGGCGUGAUGGAUCUGGCGGAUUUUAAUCAUUUAUCGACGGAGGAGAAGCUACCCUUGGUCCAGUCCAUCGUAGAUCAACAUCAUCCUAAUGUAGACACUAAAAUAGCCUCUAAAGUUCGAUUCCAAGAGCCCGGAUCCGAAGAAGAUAACAAAAACUCAGUAGAGCCUACUAAUGAGCCUAAAGCCGAUCAAAAGGAAGAUUGUGAUAACGUGAAAGAAAAAGACGAUUCCUCCGAGAAGGAGAAAGAAUGCUCCAAAGAACACAAUCACUCAAAUUCAGCCGUAGAAGAAGAUAGCAAAGCACCUCAAACCCCCGAUGAAGGAAACGUCCGUCGCAUGCAUACAGCCGUAAGACUAAACGAGGUGAUAGUGAAUCGUUCCCAUGAUGCUCAACUAGUUAUUUUGAAUUUGCCUGGACCGCCCAAAGAAACCAAAAUGGAACGAGAGUCAAAUUACAUGGAGUUUUUAGAGGUAUUAACAGAAGGAUUGGAGCGAGUCUUGAUGGUUCGCGGUGGAGGAAGAGAAGUCAUUACCAUUUAUUCGUAAUUUUCCUUCAAAGUAAAAUUCUUUCUCUGAAUUCAAAGUAAUCAAAGAACGUUAACUACCUAAUUUGAAUGAAAUUAUAAGUAACGAUGACGUAUAACAGUAUUUAAAGUUUAAAAUGAUAUAACAAAAUACACCAAUUAUUUAUUCUUCUUAAUGUCAUAGAUUAUAAUGAAACCGCUCGGGUUUUGUGAUUCUUAAAAACUAAUGUAACGUUUUCUCAAAUCAAAAUGCAACAAAAUAAAUGCUCAUUUUCCUACGUCAAAAAUAGCGAGAGAGCAAUGUUCGGUAGAUAUAUUAUAAGAAUAAUAUAAAAAUGUAGUAGAUUCAUUACACUAUCGUGUAAAUUUUGAAAUUUGUCCAAUCUCGUGAUACAUUUUCCCAAUUAUAUUACAAAAAUUUAUUUUACCCAUUAGUUACAACUUCUCCCUCGAUAACUAUUUUUGCUAAUCGUUUUUUAAAUGAACCUCAGAUAACCUAUUUUUAUUAUUUUAUUCCUCUAAUAUUUACCUAAUUUGCAAUGAAAUUUUAAUCGAAAAUUUUGUAAUAUAAAUCCCGAUAAAAUGAAUGAAACUUUAGAGACUGGACAAACACGACGUUCUUAUUAAAUUAUUUCGCAAUCUUUUGGAAAAUUACCUACCGAUUGGUCGUUUUCUUUAUUAAUUUUUGGAGAACUUAUUUUUGAUUUAAACAACUGUUAAUUUCAUCAGCUAUUAAGUCAUUGAUUUACAAGAAGUCUCCUAAAUAUGGUAGCAACAAAAAAUAUUUCUGAUUUCUAUUUAGAGCGAGCCUUACUUCAAAUGAAAUUAUAAUAGAGUAAAUUAUAAUCACUCUGUUGCAUAGUAGGUAUAACAUGCACAAAUAAUGAUUACGAAAAAAUUUCUCUAACUAUUACUUCGAACGUACAUACUUUAUCUGAUUUACUUUCGUGUUAUUGAUGUUAAUUGAAGAUAAGGUAAUGGAGGAAAAUUUGACUAAAUGUGCUAGGUUAAUAGUUACAAACUACUAUAAAAGCGGAGAUAAAUGAGAGUACAGCAAAAAAAAAACAUGAGCCUCAUUUCAUAUUAUAAUUGCAUUUAAUCGAAUACACCAAAUAUAUAGCAAUAAAUCGAGGUCGAUACCAUUUGGAAUUGGAUUCUAUACAACUAUUAAUUUUAGAUAUUUGUUCUUCCACAUAUUGUGUUUUUAGGUUGGUUUACAUACAUCAUUUUUUGUAAAUCUCUAGCUGAAUAGUACAUACAUUAGGUUACUUGUUUCGAUUCUUUUCUUUUAGGUGGUAAUUUAAAAUAGCGUUUUCGCUAAACAUAAAUAUAAGAAUUUUGAGCAAUAUUAACUUAAUGAAUAUUACUGUAUUAAAUGUCAAAUUAUGAGUGAUAGAACUAUAUUUAGUAAGUACUAUUGACGUGUUAUUCUACAUACAAUUUGCAAAUACUUCCGAAAAACUUUUUUACUAUACCUAACAUUCGAUAAAAGCGGUUCUUUUUUUCGAUGUACUUGCAAAUGUUGCGGAAGUUCAGGCAUGUCACAUAGGUUUUUAUCUUAUACUGUACAAUCUUUAUAUAUAAAACAAGACGGGGUACAAAAUUGUCUCCGUCCUUCUUAUAAGAGCACUCAUUUAAUCUCAAUCAGCUUGUCAGCGAGAAAUUAUUACAACAUAUCCUAUUUAGUAUUUCGAUUAAAAAUGUUACAGAUUCAGUAAUUCUCGUGAUUAAAGAAAAUCAGUAAAUAAUAAUGGGAUAGUAAGUGAUCUUAUUUUUUUUGAAUCAGUGCAAAGAGAAGGAAAAGGAAAGAUUUUUUUCUCUUGAAAUUUCUUGCCCGUAGGUUCCUGUUAAUUUUUGCGCCUGACAUUCUGAUUGAGUUGAUAUGAUUCUGUUUAUGAAAUGUCAUGUGGCAACGUCAUAUUUCUACAUAAUUAGAGACGUAUUUGCCAAAUCAUUGAAUGCCAAGGGGCGGCUUAACAUUAUAUCACAAAUUUCUUUUAACAAAUUCAUACUGAGUGAGUAAAAAUUGGAAAAACAAUCAGCCUUCUAUUUCCGAUAUCAAGAAAUGGUCGAGCUAAUUUAGUAAUAUCUCAGGACAUAAUAUACUAUUGUCAAUUUAUGUUGCGAAUUUGUAAACUCAUGUUGGUGGCAUAUUGAUUUUGUGAAUUCGCUGUGUAUUACAAAUUGUUACAUAAUUCAGUAUUUCAUCGUUUUAGUCGAUAAAUUUAGAUAAUCUUAUAUGGGAGUAAAUUAAAGGAUGAUAUUAUAAAAUAUGAUCACUAAAAAAAUUCACUGAUAUUUUACUGUGUUUUAAAUAUUUUAUCUUCAUGUUGAGUGAAAAUAUAAUUAAUAUAUUUUUGAUUGAAGAUCUUAUAAGUAAAAAUAUACUAUUAUCAAAUGUUUUAACUAUAUUAAUGAAUUACGAUUAUUGCAUUUUGAAAUUAACAAUUAUUAAUUGUUAUUAACAUACUAUAGAUUUAUCUUACGAUAUCAAAAAU